ACGCCCUUCGGAUCCGACGGGGUCGGCUUGCUCGUUACGCGUUCCAUUUCGCUCCCUUCCGGCUCGGCUCACGAGUCGCUCCGCCUCACUCACCACUCGUCUCUCGAUGCCCUCUACUCGCGAGGUGAUCGAACUGACGCGGAGCCGAGCAUCGUCCUGAGCGGAGGAACGAACAAAAGGGCUAGAAUAACAAAACCCUAGCCAGCUGAACACGAGGUCUCGAACUUUUCCUCGUGGCUUCUGUUCUCGCGAAUCUUUCUCCAUUUCUUGGCUUCGUUCGGGUUUCCAGGGUUUUGUUUCCUGGGGUUUUGAUGACCUGACUCGUUGGAGGGAUCGAGGAAGUUUGGAUCUGCAGUUCAGAGCAAUGAUGAGCAAGGAGAAGGAGCUGGAUGAUCGGCUCCGGGAAGUCGGGAGCAGGCUUGCGUAUCCUCCCUCUGCUGUCGAUGAGCUCCUGCCUCUUCUUGAUCUUUUUCUGCUCAAGGUGUUACCAGCAUUGCAGGAAGUGGCAAGAGGUUCUUUGAACAGUCACUGAAGUCAAACUGAGAGUUUGCUAUCAAGAGUUGAUCAGUCACCAACACAAUCAAUGUCUAAUGCGCUUUGGCCCUCAAUGAAAGCUCUGGUGGAUAAGGGGUUGCUGGGACAUUUAGAUAUGGAUGUGAAAGUGGCUGUUGCAUCAUGUUUUAGUGAAAUCACAAGAAUAACAGCUCCCGAGGCUCCAUAUGAUGAUGAUCUAAUGAAAGAGAUAUUUCAGAGUAUUGUUCAAGCCUUUGAAAAUCUGGAUGAUAUGUCAAGCCGUUCAUAUUCCAAGAGAGUUUCGGUUCUUGAAACUGUUGCAAAAGUUCGUUUGUGUGUUGUGAUGUUGGAUCUUGAGUGUGACACUUUGAUAUUAGAAAUGUUCCAUCAUUUCUUGAAGGUGAUAAGGCCAUAUCAUUCUGAGAAAAUUUUUUCUUCAAUGGAAACGAUUAUGACACUUGUGUUAGAGGAGAGUGAAGAUAUUUCCUCAGAGUUAAUCUUAUGCCUUCUGGAUAGUGUAAAAACUGAUAAUCAAAAUAUCUUGCCUGUUGUACGCAGGCUAGGGGAGAAAGUGAUCAGUAAUUGUUCUGGGAAAUUGAAACCUUAUCUUCUAGAAUUUUCCCAAUCUGUUGGCACACAUUUAAACAGAUAUAGUAAAGCUGUAGCCUCUAUAUGCCAAGAACAUUUGGAUGGUGUGGAGCUAAAUGAUGCAAAUGCUUCUGAUGAAAUUAUGGUAGAUGACAGCAAACAGUCCGAAAGAACUGUUUCUGAUGAGUUGGUUCAGGGCUCUGAGAAAAUGGAACAAGAAGUUGGUUGCCCUGAAGAAGUUACUUCUACUGAAAAAUCACCAAAGUCAGUGAUGAGCAAUGGUACUGCUCAGAUGGAUAAUGGUGAAUUAGCAGCAGAACCAUCUUCUCCAAAGCAGAAGCCUGAAAAUUUUCAUCCUGAUGACCAAUCUGAAAAGGCAGCAACAACCAACAGGGAUGUUUCUGUUAACUUGGUGUCUAUGGCUGUAAAACCGGAUGCUGUUUCAUGUCUUAAAGCCAAAGAAAUUAGAGUCAAGCAAACUAGUUCUGUGGUUAAUUUGAAAGAUAGCCUUGAUCAUUCUUUGAAAGAUGACUCUCUUGGAAAAGAAUCAUCUGGUAAACAUGACUUGGUGUCUCCUUGUGGAACAGAGAGUGGAGCAGUUAAAGAUUCAUUGCCAGCCCAGAGAGAUAUUCCUGAUGCAACUCGGCGUAAACGAGGCAGACCUCCAAAGCUAUCUUCAACAAAGCAUGGAAAUAGUGCAGUAGCCCAGCAAUCUGCGUCUACUUUGCAACAGAAGAGGUCUGAGAUGGGAAAUAAAACUUUGCGUAAUAAAGAUUCUGACUUGCAGAAGGAAUCAAAUGGUAUUAGUAAUCAAGACAUCUUAGAACCAACAAUUGUUGCGAGAGUCCCAGAGGAAAACUCUCAAAGUCCAACAAGUAGAAAAGAUUCAACAAGACAGACUGAUCAUGGUGAUUCGUCUCUAAAAUUGGGAACAUCCAAACUUAAACAGCAGGAGAAUUUCAAAGCCAAAAAUGAUAUAGCUGGAGAACCAAUUUUGAAGGAAACUUCCUUGUUAAAGUCUGCUACAGAAGCACCUAAUCAAGGCAACUUGAAGGAGAGUGGUAAAACUAAGUCUGGGAGGAAGGGUGAACAUGGUGUCAAAGAGAUUUCUGAAACACCAACUCAAAAUAAAGAACUAGAUGGUAGCCUCAUUGACUCAAGAAUCAGGGUGUGGUGGCCAAUAGAUAAGAAGUUUUAUGAUGGUGUUGUUGAUUCGUAUGAUUUAGCUUCCAAAAAGCAUAAGGUUAUCUAUAGUGAUGGAGAUGUAGAGAUAUUAUUGUUGAAGAAAGAACGGUGGGAAUUUGUUAAAGAUGACAGCAACAUAGAUGUGGAUCAAGCCAAAGACUCUACUAAUCCUGAUGUUUCUUCAGAAGAGCCAAAGAUUAAAAGAGCAAAGUCGAGUUCUAGUUCUAUCACAAAGGAAAUAAAUACAAAGACACCUACAAAAAGUGGCACAGCAUCUGGCAGUCAUCGUAAAGGUAGACCACGGAAAGCUGGCAUUUCAAAUCUUGAUGAUGGCCCCAGAUCUUCAAGUAAAUCAAACGAGAAGGCAACAAGUAUAUCCAAAAUUUAUAGUUUUAAAUCUAGCAAUAAACUUAGGGGUGAUGUCAAAUAUGAUGGUGACAUCUCUAAGGCGGACAAGUCUAGUUCUACAACUGGAAGCGAGACGGAGGAUAAUUCUCUCAAGUCGAGUAGAAAAUCCAUGGUUGGCCCUCCUACAUCUGCUGUCAGCAAGUCAAAGGAUAAUGGUGUUGCUGGCAGUAAGGUGAGAAAGGAUGCUUCAAAAAGUAAGUUGAAUGAAGACAGUCCAUUGACAAGCCAGAAAUUGAAGGGCACCAUCACUCCGAAAGCUGGCAAUGAAUCAACGAUGAAUACUGAUUCUGAGCGGCGGAAAAUGAAGUCACGAGAAUCUGAAACAUCAGCAAAGUUGCUUCUAAAUGCAACUCCCAAGGCACCAGAUGGUGAAUCUUUGGCUGGGAAGAGGCGCAAGAGAAAGGGCCAGACCUGAGUCUCCAUAUAAUAGGUUAUUCACUUGCUUCUCGGUUAACUACAUCCUCUUUCCUUUUGUCGAUACUGUCACAUUGGUGUAUCUUUCCAGGAUCAUAGUAUUUUACCAUUUGCCUACCGAAAAGUCAUGGGACUGGCAACGAGAAGUCAAAGAUUUGUCUAGGAACUCAUAAAAGGGCUUGUACUGUUUGGCCGUACAUUAAUUACCAUAAUAGGGAAGGAAAUGCAAGCCCUUGGAGGCUGAUUUCAGCAGGUUGUAGGAUAGAUAGGAUUUGGUCUAUUUAAAUAGCUCUUUUGACAACAUUAGCUUCUGAAGAUUCUAGCUUGACCACUGUAAAACCGGACAUGGCAUCAAGUUCAUGACAACCAUUUUGUGGAGUG